CUUCCCUGAGCCCCAGGUAUAAAUUCGGCUGCAUUGGACCUGGGACUUGUAUCUCUGAUUUCCAACAUGGGCCCCGGCAUUGUCUCCUUAUUUGUGGCACUCAGCCUGUGCCCCCUGCUGCUCGCCGCAGACCCCGACAGGCCAGGAGAUGGGCCACCUGGACUACAUAGGCCACCUUGGGGUGACGGGUGGGGCAAUAGACCAAAACCUGGAGAAUGCCCUGAAGAUGUGGAUUACCCUAAAUGCAGUGGGGGGAAUAACAACCCCAACAACCAAAAAGAAUGCGACAGGGACAGAGAAUGUGACGGGAAAAAGAAAUGUUGCUUCUCCAGCUGCAGGAACAGGUGCCUGGAACCCCUGCAAGAUAAGGGGGAUUUCUGCCCAUACUUUGAUGACAGUUUCUGCAAGAAUGUUCGACCACUACCUGCAGAAUGCAACAGAGACCGUCAGUGCAAAGGGACAGACAGAUGUUGCUCUUAUAACUGUCGUCAACAGUGCACCCCAACAGUGAAAGUAAAACCCGGAAACUGCCCCCCACCCCAAGGGUUCUGUCCCCACCAUGGCGGGGGUGGAGGGCGUGGAUCGUGUACCAGUGACCGUGACUGCCCCGGGGAUAAGAAAUGCUGCGCCCCCAGGUGCCGGCGGGAGUGUGUAAGCCCUUAUGUAGUUAAUCCAGGAAAAUGCCCAGAGGUGAUACGCAGACCUGACAGUCAUUGCAGGGGCCCCCCUCCAGUUCAAUGCGAGUCCGAUGGCGAUUGCCUCAAGAGGCAGAAAUGCUGUAACUUGGAUUGCUGGAAUCAAUGUGUGAAUGUGUGAGAUUAUAAAUGAACCAGCCGGGUGCAUGGAGCAAAUAUAGGGAAAAAGAUCCUGAUAUAAGUUGGGGUGAAGAUCUGAACCCCACCCUGUGUUGGAGAGAAUAAGGGUACACUGUAGCAGCAGUUUCUGAACAUUCCUCUCCCAGCAGAGAAGGCUUCGCAUGGAAUUAUGAGGGGUACUGACUGAACAGAUUUGGGCUAAUGGUGAAAAGUUUUGCUUGGGGCUCGCUGCUUUUGGGGGGCUCUGUACCUGUCCCUCUACCUCUAAAUGUAUCUGUGCUCAAUAAAGGUGAUCACAUGA